AUGAGGUGCAUGUUUCUGGAGAGCUGUAAUAUUCUUACCACAUUUUCUCGUUUUGCAGUUGGCCCGAAGCUUUUCCAGUAUUUCAUAAAAGUCAUUGUGCAGGCAAUACAAUUACUGUACACAAUGCUGAAGAUAAAUCAGCCAUCCUAUAUUCUUCUUCAGAAUCCUCCAGGCUUACCUAGUAUAGCUGUUGCCUGGGUAGCGUGUCUUUUCUGGAGAAGCAAACUGAUAAUUGAUUGGCACAACUAUGGAUAUACUAUAAUGAGUCUGAGUCAUGGAAGAAAUCACCCGCUAGUACAAAUUGCAAAAUGGUAUGAAAAGCUUUUUGGGCGUUUGUCUGACUAUAACUUGUGUGUCACUAAUGCAAUGAAAGAAGACCUGUGGGUGAAUUGCAACAUAAAGGCAGUAACACUGUAUGACAAGCCAGCUUCUUAUUUUAAGGAAACACCAUUAGAAUUUCAACAUCAGUUGUACAUGAAACUUGCCAAAGACUAUGAGCCUUUUAAACCACGUACAGAGUCUGUCUGUUCGAACGCUGAGAUGUCUGCCUUUACAGAAAUGGAUGAAAAAAAUGGACAUGUGAUAAAAACUAGAGGACGGCCAGCUCUUCUAAUCAGCAGCACAAGCUGGACAGAGGAUGAAGACUUUUCAGUCCUUUUAAAAGCUUUAGAAGAUUAUGAGCGGUAUAUCAAUGAGGGAGUCAAGCUUCCAUCUUUAGUAUGUGUGAUAACAGGCAAAGGACCUCUAAAAGACUACUACAACGGACUGAUAAAUAAACUACGUUUUAAACAUAUCCAGAUCUGUACACCAUGGCUUGAAGCUGAGGAUUACCCUCUUUUGCUUGGCUCAGCAGAUCUGGGGGUGUGUCUGCAUAAAUCAUCUAGUGGUUUGGAUUUACCCAUGAAGGUGGUAGAUAUGUUUGGCUGUUGUUUACCUGUGUGUGCAAUAUAUUUUGAAUGUUUACAUGAACUUGUGAAACACAAUGAAAAUGGUCUGAUAUUCAGGGACUCAAACGAACUUUCAGAACAACUAAAGAUGCUUUUCUUGGGAUUUCCUACACUGGAAGGCAAACUUCACAACUUCAGAAAAAACCUUCGUGCAUCCAAGCAGCUGCGCUGGGAUGAGAGUUGGGACCAGACUGUUCUUCCUUUGUUUGGGCAGAAUGAGUGA